CACUUACCAAAUCCCUUUGAAGUUGAAGUAUGCCAGAAAUGAGUGAAAAAGUAAAGAAACCUUCCUCAAUUAUCGUUGUUGGAAUGGCAGGAUCAGGAAAAACAACCUUCCUGCAACAACUGAAUGCUCAUUUGCAUUCUAAAGAGAAGCCUCCAUAUAUUGUAAAUUUAGAUCCUGCUGUGAAGAACCUUCCUUAUGAAGCAAAUAUUGAUAUUCGCGACACAAUCAAUUAUAAAGAAGUUAUGAAACAAUAUAAUUUGGGUCCCAAUGGUGGUAUUAUGACGAGUUUGAAUUUAUUUGUUACCAAGUUUGAUCAAGUUUUGAACAUCUUAGAAAAACGUGCACCGACAGUUGAUCAUAUCUUAGUUGAUACUCCUGGACAAAUUGAAAUAUUCCAGUGGUCAGCCUCAGGUAGUAUUAUCAGCGAUACGCUUGCCAGUUCAUGGCCUACCUGCAUUGCCUACGUUAUCGACACUCCCCGUUCCACGUCGACAUCUACUUUCAUGUCAUCGAUGCUCUAUGCUUGCUCUAUGUUGUACAAAACGAAACUUCCUCUGAUUAUUGUCUAUAACAAGUGUGAUGUUCAAGACGCCGAGUUUGCCAAGAGAUGGAUGUCUGAUUUUGAAGAAUUUCAGCAGGCAAUUGUACAGGAUGAAGGAACAAGUGCCGAAGGAGCAACCUCCGGAUAUAUGGGAUCGCUUGUUAAUAGCAUGUCUUUGAUGCUGGAAGAAUUCUAUCGACACUUAGAUUUUGUUUCUGUUUCCUCAGUGACCGGUGAAGGAAUGGAUGACUUUUUGAAGGCAGUGGAUUCCAAGGCUCAAGAGUAUGAAAAUGACUAUCUUCCUGAAGUAGAAAGGUUGAGAGAAAUACAGAAACAGGAAAAAGAAAAACAAAAGGAGGUUCAAUUGUCAAAGCUCAUGAAGGAUAUGCAUGUAUCCAAAGAGGACGCUCCCGCCGAGACCAUUUCUGAUGCGGAAGAGGAUGAGUAUGAUGGUGAAUUGAUAGAGCCAGAUGAAGAAGAACCCUCCGAGGAAGCCGCUCAGGAUAUUCUAAGGCAAUAUAGAAUAUCUUUGGGAAUUCCAGAUGACGUUUCUGAUGAAAAAUUACUCGGACUUCUGACGGAAAGAAUGCAAAAGUAAAACUAGAAUUUUGGCCAUUUCGUUUAUUAUUAAAGUAAGAAUUGUUUUCAUUUUGGGUUAUAGGCAAGCAAGAAUUAUUAAUAACAUGAUCAUCAACA